GUGUGUGUGUGUGUGUGUGUGUGUGUGUGUGUGUGUGUGUGUGUGUGUGUGUGUGUGUGUGUGUGUGUGUGUGUGUGAGACUUAAACUUAAAAGAAACCAAAGACACUCAGCAGCAGUUCAGUAGUAAACACAGUGAGUUUCUAUAUGUGCGGUUUAAGAGCAGAUCACUGCACCGUUUCCUUUAUGCUCACAACACACACAGAUUUCAGCUCUAAGUGACGAGACACAGAUUUCAGCUCUAAUUUGAAGUGCACGUUUUUCUCCAAAAUGAAUUCUGAUGAGCAGCUGGACACCGAACCAGACACCAGGUCAAAAAGAAGCUCCAACAAAAGUCAACUAGAACAGAUAUACAAGGAGGUGGAAGAAAAAAUGAUUACCAUGCUAAAGAAUGAGCUAAAAAGACUGAGUUCAGGUCACCCAGCAUGCCCGGCGAAUGAAGGGGAGGAUGAUUACAUUGUCAGAGAGAUGAUAGUGAAGUUCACAACACAUGUCCUCAAGCAGAUGAAUCAGGAAGAUCUCGUUAAAUCACUGCAGAAAGAACUACUUUUUAUAUAUCAAGAAAGGAAUAAAUCCAAAAUGAGAGACAAAUAUAAAAUAAUUUGUGAAACCACACAACAUGGAACCCCGGCACUUCUGAAUGAGAUCUACACAGAGACCUACAUAACUGAAAGUUGGAGUGGAGAUGUCAGUAAUGAUCAUGAGGUGAGACAGAUUCAAAUAGCAUCCAGGAGACCAGCAACAGAGAAGAAACACAUAAAAUGCCAUGAUCUCUUCAGAGAAAUCAGAGACAAGUCCAUCAGAACUGUGCUGACUAAAGGAGUUGCUGGAAUUGGAAAAACAGUCUCUGUGCAGAAGUUCAUCCUGGACUGGGCUGAAGGAGAAGUAAAUCAGGACGUCACCUUCAUGUUCCCACUUCCCUUUAGAGAGCUGAAUCUGAUGAAGCAGCAAAAUCUCAGUCUCAUGAAACUUCUUCAUCACUUUUUCCCAGAAAUAAGAAAACUAGAAUCAAUAGACUGUGACUCCUACAAAGUGGUGUUGAUCUUUGAUGGGCUGGAUGAGUGUCGACUUCCUCUAAAUUUCAAAAACUAUAAGAGAGUGUGUGAUGUGACAGAGUCAGCCUCAGUGGAUGUGCUGCUGACGAACCUCAUCAAGGGGAAUCUGCUUCCCUCUGCUCUCCUCUGGAUAACCACAAGACCAGGAGCAGCCAAUCAGAUCCCUCCUGAGUGUGUAGACCAGGUAACAGAGGUACAAGGCUUCAGUGAUCCUCAGAAAGAGGAGUACUUCAGGAAGAGGAUCAGUGAUCAGAGCCUGGCCAAUAACAUCAUCACUCACCUGAAGUCUUCAAGAAGCCUCUACAUCAUGUGCCACAUCCCAGUCUUCUGCUGGAUCUCAGCCACUGUUCUAGAGAGAAUGUUGGGUGGAGCAGAGGGUGGAGAGAUCCCCAAGACUCUGACUCAAAUGUUCACACACUUCCUGAUCUUUCAGAUCAAACACAAGGACCAAAAGUACCAUCAGCAAUGUGACCCUGAUCCUCAGCAGACCAGAGAGAGUAUCAUGGCGCUGGGAAAACUGGCUUUCCAGCAGCUGGUGAAAGGAAACCUGAUCUUCUAUGAGGAAGACCUGAGAGAGUGUGGCAUUGAUGUCAGAGAAGCAACAGAGUAUUCAAGAGUUUGUGCUCAGAUCUUCAGAGAGGAGUUUGAGCUCCACCUAGGGAAGGUGUUCAGCUUUAUUCAUCUCAGUGUUCAGGAAUAUAUGGCUGCUUUAUAUGCAAUUCUCUCGUUCAUCAGCAGGAAUCCAACAAAACAUCAAACCACUUAUCUAUCUGAUCUUUUUAAAAACUCAAACAUGUCUGGUCUCCUCAGGAGUGCAGUGGACAAGGCUUUAGAGAGUAAGACUGGACACUUAGACCUUUUCCUCCGCUUCCUUUUGGGUCUCUCACUGGAGUCCAACCAGACUCUCUUACAAAGCCUACUGCCCCAGACAACAUGCAGCUCUCACAGCUACGAUCUUACUGUCAGCUAUAUUAAGGAGAAGAUCCAGGAGAGUCCAUCUGUAGAAAAAUCCAUUAAUCUGUUCCACUGUCUGGAUGAAAUGAAUGAUGAACAUAUAGUGCAGGAGGUCCAAAAUACCCUGAAAUCUGGAAAUUACAAUCGUCUAAUUGGAAGAAACUUCAGUUCUAUUCAGUGGUCAGCAUUGGUGUUUGUGUUGUUGAGUUCAACAUCCAAGCAUGAUGAGUUUGAUUUGAGGACUUAUGGCAAAUCAGAAGAAUGUCUUUUACGUCUGUUACCAGUGGUCAAAGAAUCCAGAAAAACUCUGCUAAACAAUUGUAAUCUCUCAGAGGAAAGCUGCAGAGUUCUGGCCAGAGUUCUUAGCUCAAACACCUCCAGACUCAGACACCUGGACCUCAGUGAAAAUAAACUGUAUGAUGCAGGAGUGACGCUGCUCUCCGCUGGACUGCAAAAUAAAGAAUGUAAACUAAAGAUACUGUGGCUGGUGCACUGUGGCAUUUCAGAUGUUGGCUUUGUUGCUCUGGCUUCAGCCGUCAGGUCAAACCCAGAGUCAAACCUACGCGAGUUAAAUCUGGACCGCAAUAAACCUGAAGACCGAGGAGUGAAGAUGCUGUUAGAUCUUCUGAAAGAUAAAAACUGUAAAUUGAAGAUACUAUCCAUCGAGUCUGACCCCUAUGAGCUGGAAAGAACUUUCAACUCAUAUCUUUCAAACAAGCCCCUUUGCCCUGACAUGGAUUUAGUUCUUUUUGCCAAAUCACACAAACAGGAUUGACAUACAACACAUUUACUUCCAGCACCACUGACAAAAUGGGACAAACCAAAUACCUAGAAGAAAUGAUUAAUUUCAUGUAAUAUUUAUCAGAUUCUAUUUUCCAUUCAAAUAAUUGCAUACUAUUGAUAUUGAUAAUCACUAAUGUUAACUUGGAAAAUAAAUGAAACAUUUUUAGUUCCUCAGACUUUUGGAAAAUUAAAGUGUGGACAAAUUUGGAUGGAUAGAAAAUACAGAUGUCCAAAAAACAGUUAAUUUUAAAUACAUAAAUGAACAACUGUCAGGAUCUAACCUGGACAUUUUGCCAUGUGCCUUUUGUUUACAUUGUGCUCAUGUGUCUACCCAGCCCUUGUCUAUUCCUUCUGCCUCAGCACACCUGUUCAUUAUGUGUCUAAUUGUCUUCCCUAUUUAUCCGGAAUCCUCAUCUUUGUUUUACCAUAGUCCUGUCAUCGUGGUCUGUCUUGGUUUUUGAGUUUCGGUUUUCUUUUUCCCCAGUGUUUCCUGUUCUUUUUUUGUGUUACGUUACAUUUAAUAAAUCAUGU